AUGGGAAAGCUGAACGGUUCAACAGAACAUUGUUGUCCAUGUUGCGAAACUUACCCGAAGAUAGAAAGAGUAAAUGGAAGGAAGGACUCAGUAAACAAAGUGGUACAUGCAUAUAAAUGCACUGUUAACGACGCCACCGGGUAUUCGCCGUUCUUCUUACUGUUUGGUCGACUACCCAGACUACCCGUGGACCUUAUGUUUGGAACAUCGCGCACUGCAUCGAAAGGAAACCACACUGAGUAUGUGAAAAGAUGGAAGGGUGCCAUGAAAGAUGCCUACGCGAAAGCCAUAAGCAACGCCAGUAAAGCUGCAUCUGCAGGAAAGUCGAACUACGACCGUAAAGUCCGUUUCACAGUAUUGGAGCCAGGUGAUCGUGUACUGGUGACCAGUACGCAACCUUACUGA